CGCGCGCACCGGCCGCCGCUCGCCCGCACCGCUGAGGAGGGACGGCCAGAGGGGGCGGAGGCUUCUCUCGGGUCCGCGGCUGGCUGAGGCGCCGCUUUGCCGCCGAACGGGCCUCUCUCCGCUCAGGCGCCGGCCGGGCGGCUCUUCCUUCCCCGCUUCCCCCGGGGCCGCUGCUUCCCUGAGAACCGGCUCCUUCCUCCUUCCCUGCCCGCGGGUGCGCAGUUGCCUCCCGGCCCAGGUGCUUCUCCGGGAACUCCUCCUUCCCAGACCGAGAGCCCCCCCCCCGCAAUCCCUGACCACCCCCCCCCCCGACUUCUCUAUUUCUUCUCCGCCGCCCCCCCUCCCGAGGGAUUUCUUGGCCCUCCUCCACUCUGCGACCCCCCCCUCUCCAAAUUGGGUUGUUCAGCCCCCGCUGCCCUCCUUGGCCCAAGAGCGGGGCUGCGUUCCCCUUUCGGCCCUGGGGGGGCAGCCCGGAAGGGGGCCCAUCCCAAUGCAUACGCUCUGGCCAGGCUUGAGAGACAGUCCUUGCUCUUUCCCCUUGAUCUGGGCAAAAAAAGAGAGUCGUUGUUUCCUUCCUUCUCCUCCUGGGUGCUCGUUUUAACUGCAGCCCGCAAGUCACAACUCUUUUCUUGAAUGAGGGAAGGCUUUGGCUGCCUGAGACCAGGGAAUGACAUCCCCCCCACCCCCUGCCCUAAAUAUUUCUGAUCUCUCGUCCAGGCAGUACCUGUCAUCCUCCUGGCCUCUUGUCCCAAGCAGGGUCUCUGCUUCUGCUUUCCUUAGAGAUAGAGCCCUUCCGAGCUCUGCCCUGAGCUGAUACUAUCCUUCCUUAAUGGUCCCUGUAAGGCCCUUGGGCUGGCUCACCACAAGCCUGGUCUGUUCUCUUUGCGCUUAAGAGAUUUUCUGUCCUUCUCUGGCCCAGGUAGUGGUGGGUGGUGGGAGGGGUGGGCUCCACCCCUCAGUAAUGCCUCCAGGGGGUCCAUGAGAAGGGAAGAGGGCACUCCCCCUUUGACGGACACCCGCUUGACUUGCCCGGCCAUGGAGUGUGUGCGGGUUCCCCCCAUGCAGCAGCAAGGAAAAACUGCUGAGGGGGACCAUCUCCUGCUGCUGCUGCCUCCCGAUGUGCCGAAGGAGGAGGCCGUGCUGAGGGAUUCGGACCUUUGGGCUGCCUCCCAAGAGGACGGUGGGCGAGGCGGGAUGAAGCUCCAAGACGCAGCGGACUUGUCAUCUCAUCUCCAAAAUCUGGACAGCCUUUGCUCCCCGUGCAACCCUCCCGCUGUAGGGAGUCAUCCUGACGGCAGCACAGUGGACCCUUACGCUGCGAAGGAGGAUUUGCGAGAGACUGGUGACAAGGCAGGGGAGCAGUUUCCGCCAACCGGGAACGAGAAUUCAGGGCUUCCGGUUCAGGAAGGUUUGUUGGUCGGUGGGGAGGCCUGUGGCAAGACCACUCUGGCCACGGAGGUGGAUAUAAGUGCUCAAGAAUGCCUUAGGGACGCUGAAAAACCUCCCCUUCAGAGCAGCAGUUUGCAGGAAAAAUCGGACUCCCCUUCUCAGAAUUGUAGCUUAGAUGUGGACACGACAGCAAGUGGAGAAAACCUGCAGGAUGACCCGUCGGACCAGGCCUUUCCACCCGCUGAAGAUGGGAAGCUCAAACCUGGGGCGAAGCGUGUCACGUUCCCUUCAGAUGAAGAUAUUGUGUCAGGUGCAGUGGAGCCCAAAGAUCCGUGGAGGCAUGCUCAGAAUGUGACUGUGGAAGAAAUUCUCACUGCCUACAAGCAAGCCUGUCAGAAGUUAAACUGCAAGCAGAUUCCCAAACUACUGAAGCAGAUCCAGGACUUCAAGGACCUGACUCCCAGGAUAGAUUGCCUGGAUUUGAAAGGUGAGAAGCUGGACUACAAGACCUGCGAGGCUUUGGAAGAGAUCUUCAAGCGCCUGCAGUUCAAAAUCGUGGAUCUGGAGCAAACCAACCUGGACGAAGAUGGCGCCUCCGCGCUGUUUGAUAUGAUAGAAUACUAUGAGUCAGCCACCCACCUCAACAUCUCCUUCAAUAAACACAUCGGCACACGAGGCUGGCAGGCAGCUGCUCACAUGAUGCGGAAGACAAAUUGUCUCCAGUACUUGGAUGCUCGCAACACACCCUUGCUGGAUCACUCGGCUCCCUUCGUGGCGCGGGCCCUGCGCAUUAGCAAUAGCCUGGCUGUGCUGCACCUGGAGAACGCGAGCCUGUCCGGGCGACCCCUGAUGCUGCUGGCGACGGCUCUGAAAAUGAACGUGAACCUGAGGGAGCUGUACCUGGCUGACAACAAGCUGAACAGCCUGCAGGACUCCGCUCAGCUGGGCAACCUGCUGAAAUUCAACUGUUCCAUUCAGAUCCUGGACCUGAGGAAUAACCACAUCCUGGACUCAGGGCUGGCCUACGUCUGCGAGGGCCUGAAGGAGCAGCGGAAAGGCCUGGUCACACUGGUGCUGUGGAACAACCAGCUGACUCACACUGGCAUGGCUUAUAUGGGGAUGACCCUGCCUCACAUGCAGAGCCUGGAGACCCUGAAUCUGGGGCACAACCCCAUCGGCAACGAAGGCGUCCGCAACCUGAAGAACGGGCUCAUCGGCAACCGCUCGGUGCUCCGACUGGGCUUGGCGUCGACAAAGCUAACGUGUGAAGGCGCAGUGGCCGUGGCCGAGUUCAUCGCCGAGAGUCCCCGCUUGCUCCGGCUGGACCUGCGAGAAAAUGAAAUCAAAACCGGGGGGUUGAUGGCCUUAUCCUUGGCUUUGAAGGUCAACCAUUCUCUGCUCAGACUGGACCUCGACAGGGAGCCCAAAAAGGAAUCGGUGAAGAGCUUUAUUGAGACGCAGAAGGCCCUCCUGACGGAAAUCCAAAAUGGCUGCAAGCGUAACUUCGUCCUGGCCAAAGAGAAGGAAGAGAAGGAGCAGAAGCUGCAGCAGUCGGCCUCGAUGCCCGAAAUCACCAUCACCGAACCCCUCGAAGAGGGCCCCGUGGAGGACAGCGGGCCCACCGGCGAUGUGACGCCCACUCUGGAAGAGGGAGAGGAAGUUGGAGAGGCGUUGACAUCCCAGGAAAACGGGGCCCCAGAGAAGACGGCCGGCGGCGGCAACCACGAGUCGUCCGAUUCCGAUUCGGACACAGACGAAGAGGAGGAUGAGAAGCUGGAGAUGAAGGAUCUCGCUCAGCCACAGGAAUGCAGCGAGCCGGAACGGGGCGAUCCCCCCAAGCCCUGUUCUUCCCCUGAAAAGGCCGAGGAGGCCCUUAGCUCCGAAACCAGAGUCCCCCCGCUGAACACUACCGAAGAAAUAAAAUGUGAAUCGAGAGUGGCAGUUUCGAGCGGGCCCCCAGCGCCGACCAGCUCUCCCGGGAAUGAGAGGCGGAUCGCAGUUUCCAGUCCUGGCCGAGGCCACAAAAUCUUUGUGGUGACGCGGGUGGAGAGUCUGCCGGAGAAGGAGGAGGAGGAGAAGAGGGUGCGGGAGGAGGGCAGGCCUCUUCCCCAAGCGGACUCACCAAAGCAGACUAACUCUCCCGCCCAGACCCAGCUAACAAAGAUGGACUGCUUGGACAGUCGGGCAAAUGAGACUGUCGCCACGUCAGCAGCUGACUCUGAGACGUCGGCUUCUGUACCGAGCUCUGACUCAGGUACCGAAAAGAUGAACUCUGGGCUUUGCGUGAGUGCGAUUGACAGUUCUCCGCUGCCUAAUGGACUAAAGACAGAAUUCGCCCACGUGCUACCGGAUGCGCCCUUGGGGCGCAACUGCAAAAUGGCCAGUUGCUCCGCAGAACACGAGCUGAGCUGUUCCAAGAAUGAGAAGGAGCUGGAGGAAUUGCUCUUGGAAGCGAGCUUGGAGAUGGGGCAAGAACCAAUGUGAUGCUUUCGUUCUGGGCCAUUCUGCAUAAGCGGCGUUCUGUCUCGGGAAGCACCUGUAUAAUUCUCCUUCCUUUCCUGCACCAUGUGAUUCUGGGAAAAAAAGCUGAGUUUGCAAUACAGAAGCAACAGGACUUUCCCCUACCUCCUCCCCCCCCCCUCUUUUUGGUGGAACAGCUGUGCUCACCUCCGUGCGUAGCCACUGUGUUUCUUCCACCCCACCUCCACGCACUCCUUGGCUCUUUUUUCCUCCAAGAAAAGGUGUGGGGCUUCAGAGCAAGGGGAAGAGUCAAGGAGGCCUCGACCAGCGGACAAGCUUCUUCACUUGAAGGACUGAGUGAACCCUCACCAUCUUUGUCCCGCUCUGAAGCCUGACCCCCCCCACCCCCCCGGCUGCACCCUCACCUGGGUGUGUGUGCAGUUUUAUCCUUCCAGAAUUUCUCUUCCAAGUGAAACCGCAAGGACACAGACUUGUGAACUAUGGAUGAACAGGUUAAAACGGACUUGAAACUUUGCAAAACCCGGAAAUGAAAUUUGGGGGGGGGGGGGGGGAUGUUUUUGCUUCUGUGCGCUAUGAGUCCUGCAGGUUCCAGAAGAUCCACUUUUCCAAGAUCGUGGCGAGACGGCAGCGGUUCUCCUGGGCCGGGGCUGGCAGUUGUCGUUUCAGAACUUCUGCCGACCCGACCCGGGUUCUUCAGACUGCUGUUCGCGGCACAGAUGAUUAUUUAUUUUCUCAGUUUCCCCUUUCCUCAUAAUGGUGUCUUUUGUUUGUUUGUUUGUUUGUCUGUCUAUUUAUCACAACUGAAUUGGAACAGUUUUCCUUUUGACCUUUUCGGAACCAGUUGACCAGUUCCUGGUUUGCAGGGGAUCCCCCCUCCCCCCAUUCCCUCAUUCCCAAAAAUCUCACCCAGUGCAAAAAAGGGGAGGAGAACAGUGGCGUGAUUUCUUGCACACACGCCAACGUGCUCUCUUCCCUCCGGGAGCAAUUGCACUAAGACGAGGCCGGGCAGCCGUGGGCCCUGUCGCGCGGCUCGUGGGCUGCUGGUGUACCCGUUUGCUGCCAACAGGAGAAUCCGGCAUGAUUCCAAAUGUGAUUUCCCGCUUCUGGCCUUGGAGGGUCACGGUGAACAGAAGACAUCCUCAAUCCAACCGCUGAGGAGACUCUUCGCGCAAAGCUCUGCUGGACUCUUUGGGCGACGGUCCCGGUCAUAGUGGCGAAGGAUGCAGGCCCACGGGCUCAGUUUCAGUAGCGGCAUCUGGACUGCUUUUAAAACUCAGCGAGUGGCAUCUGUGCCACGAGGGCGGGCGAAACUCUUUCGCACCGGGCACGAAAGGGCCACCAGAAAUCUCUUUAGGAUGCUACUGACGUGUGGGGUUGUUUUCCUGUUCUUUCUCCCCACCCCUCUUCACGUUGCAGGCUUCCCCCACGGCUCCUGCAACCCACCCGAGUGACGGAUCGGGGACCUACCUGCGGCACCUUGCUGUUAACAGUCGAAUAGGAAAUCCGAUUCUUCCCGACACAAACGUAGCUGCCUCUUCACCCAGGGGGACCUUCAAAGUACAUUCUUUUUUUGAGAGGGAGGAUCAGCACCUCCAAACCAAAGUUCCAUUUCCUUAAGAAAAAAAACGGGGGGGGGGGGGGGCGUCUACCAGUUGCUAAAUGUGAAUGGUUAUUAAAGUUGCAUGCAGUUCAAGGGGUGGGGGUGGGGGUGGGAUGGGGGUCAAUCUUCUGGCAGGAAAGCGCCCCCCCCCAGUCAAAAAUGGUUUCAUCUUCAGUGUCCAGACUGGAGGCAGACGAGGUUGCUGCAGUAAGCUUGUGGGGAGGGGGUGAACUAUUUCUCAGGGAAAGGUCUCUUUUUUUGUGACAUCCCCCACGAUGCAGCGCUGUCGCCCGCAAGAGAGAAACGAGAAAGUUCAGGAACUGUGGUAAAAAGCCGAUUGUGCAGCUUUUUACUUCUCCUUCCCCCCACCCCCAAACUCCAUCCUAUUUGGUGGGGGGGAGAGCGUGAGAGGAAACCUUGGAGUUUUAUUCAGGCAAACUGAAAAGCGAGGGGCAAACCACCUUGUACAUAGUCCCAAAGGCAGGAGUCUGUCGUCCCCCCUACCAAUGAAAGAGAGACUCCUUUCACGUACAACGGCCCGUCCUUCUUGAACGGGGCGAUCUUAGUCAAGACCAGCUGGGGUGAUAAAAGGCAGCCUGCAUCUUAUUUUUAAACCACAAGAUCCGGAAGAACCAGCACUCUGAGCUUCCUGCGGAAACCCUCCUCUAGCCUGAUCUCCAGUAUCCCACUGUGAUCACUGAACCCCUGAGCCUUCCCCCCCCCCCCCCAAACUUCUAGCAGGAAUCGAGAAUAUAUAUAAAUAUGUAUAUAUAUAUUUUCCUGUCUGUGACGGACUACUCUCCCUCUUCCCCCGCUAGCGCAAAGCAAAAUCUCUGCGAGAGGUUUAUGGUACUAAUCUUAUAAUUUAAGCAAAAUUAUUGUUGUUAUUAUUAUUGUUGUUAUUAUUUUGUAUAGACUGACCAGAGGAAACAGCCUUCCCGAGCAAGGGGCGGCCGUUCAGUAGGCGUUAGGACUUUAAAGCUCUUUACUUCAUUUUGAUUUUUUUUUCUUAAGUGCAAUAAAAUCUGUCAGGGAGCUUAAACGGGCACUUUUGCUGCACAGAAUUGCAAGCUGGAGAGGCGGAAUCGGAUGUCGUGGUCCCCUCCGUGUGCUUGGUUGUGAUUCUUUCAUACACACGCAAGGAGUUUUUUGCUGCGUUCACACUACAUUUAAAAAAGAAAUAAAGAUGGCGCUGAUUUCA